CUUGACCCUUAAGCCCUUCAGGGCUUGGCGGGAUAAUCCGUCAUGUUGGCAUCGUCGGCUUCUGUGUUCCAGAGACUGAGGACGGUUGCGGCCUCCGAAGAAGUGACUGGCCAUGGCAAUGACUCUGACAGUCGAUGCUAGAUAGCGCUGGCCACACCUGAAGACUCCACAUUGAAUAGUGACACUCCCAAGACCCAUAUCAAAGAGCACUCGACCAAGGUCUCUGCUGUUGUCGAAUUGCCUUUUACAAGCACAUGGCCGGUGCACCAUCCUCUUCGGAGGGCGCAACGCCGAAACGCAGCUAUACACAUUCGGACUAUGUCUGCGAGAAGUGUCGCAAGGCACAUCGCCGUUGCAAGCACGACCCAUCAGCAGACCCGACGUUUGAUCCGUCCAAGAUUCGCAAGCGUCAACGCCGGAAGGCGCCAAAUGCACUCUGUCAAAGUCCUGGUGCUACAGCGGCGCCCGAAGCGCUCAAUGGCAUAGCAUAUACAGCCCUCAUCGACACGCAUUCUAGAGCAUCCAUGUCACCAUUGUCCACAUCAGGAGCGGGCGGCGCGCAAAUGACCGACCAAGAGCUGUUGUCCAGGAUUCGGCCAAUAUUUCCACAGAACAAGCCUAUGCAGCAACAGCUGACUGACUUUGGCGUCGAUCUCCUCAGUGCCUGCCCGCCAUUACGUGCAGCAGCGGUCGCCUAUUGUAUGGGCUCACACAACAAGCCUUUUGUGAGGGCUGAGGUCGAGAGCCACACUCAAACGGCAAUUCGCCAGAGCAGCGCCUAUGCAGGUGCUGAAGGCGUUUUCACAGACUAUCUGCUCGCAUACAAUACCUUUGCUUUAUCAGGGGCCUUUACCGCAUACUUUAGCCAUACGGCUCGUACUAGGACAAGGUUGCUAUCAUGCAAAGAUGCUCGUCUGUCAUACCUUUUUGUGUCGGACCGUCACAUCGUGGAAGGCACUUUGGUACAACACGCCGAGGACAUCAAGCCCUUUCUAACACGCUAUCCGGAGUCACGCUUUGAAGCGUGGCAGUCUGGCAACCUUGCUGAUCUCCUCUCGCUCGUGCUAGAUGCAUGCAAUCUGCUGACCGUCCCUCCAUCAAUCACAGUCAAGGAUGUACUUCACCACCUCUUUUCUUUCAUGGUGACUCGUCCCGCGAGAUCUGAUGAGGCGUUCUCCAACCUGAUGUGCGAGUCUGUCUUCCUGCUAUGCAUGAGCAAGCGCAACAACGUGCCAACCUCGUGGCGAGACAGUCUUAUUGUGCAUACAAAGGAAGUUGAGCAUGGCUUCGAUAGCAUGACCUUUCCACGCAGGGUGCUCAAGCUCAUCGGGCACGACCUGGAGUCUUCCAUGAGACUGGACGAUGCCAAAAUGCACCAAAUGCGGGCGUUUGUCUUUGGCGACAGCAAGCUGACCGCGCUUAUCGAAGCAACGGCAUGUGACCACCCACUCAUUGAUCGAUGGUGGCGGGAGGUAAAUUGGGUCUUGAUCAAGACGGAACCCGCAUUGCUUGCUGCAGCCUAUAGCUUGAGAUUGUUGCAUCUACACUGGCCACAGCGCCGUCAAGAAGCCUUCGACUACGCCUUUACCUCGAAGCAACAGGCUAUCUUGGAUCCUAAAGCUAAGUUACUCUUUCACUUGUUGCACUGGCUCAUAACGGUUGCAUCAGGCGCCGGUAUUGAAGCCUGGCGACACCACUUUGACUGUAACGUCGACGCCUAUGUCUCGCUCGUCAGUAAUCUCGAUCAGCAACCAGACUCGUUCCGGCAAUACUUGAUGCACGCGUCUCCCGUCAUGACGUGUGCUCGGCGCGACCUCGAUCACUUCCCUUUGUUCCGCGAAGACUUUGAAUCGAUCUUCCCAGAGGUCAAUUUCAUCGAGGCUGCCAUCUCCUUUGGUAUUGGCGAGGUUUUAUCAUAUGUGCUACACACGACCAGGCUUUUCUUCAACGUCACUGGCGACUAUCGAGCGUCAUUAGCCUUGCAUGAGAUCUUUUUAAUUGGGCCACAACUUCGCGUCCUUGUCAACAGAACGCAACCACAAGGACUCUUCCGCAUAACAACGCUUGAGGCGGGUUUUGCUUUGAAUUGUCAUAUGGCUUAUCCAGGGCGAGCUGGCCCAGAGCUGCGAGAAUCCUUGGCAGGUAAAUUGAUUGAAACAGAACGAGUCUGUCAGCGGACUUUGCAUUUUAUUCGGUUUGUGCUGUCUGCAUUGGAUGGGGCCAUCUACCAGCCUAUGACUGCGUUGUACUCAUGACCAUUGCUAUCGUGAAUCAGACAUCAGCGCAAAUAGAAUUGUACCC